AUGGAUGAUCCAAAGGAUUUCGACAGAAUGCAAGAUCUAAUCCUAGGUUAUGCUUCACACUGUCAUACUUGCGAUUAUAGCUACUCUCAGCCAACAUUGGCCCCCAACACUGGACUCUUUUCUUUUUCUUCUCAAACAGAACCAUCAGCGGACCUGUUGACAGGUUCGUCAUGGGCCACGACAGUAGAAGGACCACAGAACUUUCAAGAUUUCUCAGACAAUGGAUCCGCCCAUUCCGGAGAAGCCGAGGAGUUCAUUUUCACAUCUGGCCAUGCUACGCCCCGAGGAACCAGGGUACCUUCCCAAGGAAACUGGUCCACAUCCAGGACUACCGCUUCUGUGACCCAAGGUGGACAAGCCAUGUCCAGGGUGAGCUCAAGCAGGUCUAGCGGCUCUUCGCUGUCACAAUCAUCACAUCUGUCCAACAUGGACUUCACAGGUAAUGCUUCCGCUCUUCAGACUGGAACCCAGGCCGGUGCUACCUUGCAUGGAAUUGAUACUUGCCUCCUGGACCCUACCGAUGGUAUCACGAACCAGAUGUACUGGCCCGGCUACUCCCUUGACGGUGGACUGAACGGUGAUGCCACCUUUUCUCUUCCCGAUGCCAACCCUCUGCAUGUUGUUCCCUCUCACAUGCAGCUCGGCCCUGAUGUCUCCCUGGUUGAGAACUCUCCUCCCAGCCCUUGGGACUGCUUUUCUAGCUCCAUCUCUCGAUCAUCUUCUCCCAACACUAUUGAGGAUUUGUGGUUCCCUAACCAGAGCCCAAACUCAUCUCCUGAGAUUCAGUGCCAGUCACCAAGCCUGGACCGGAACAUCCCUUUGAUCUCUGAAGAUGCCAAUGGAAAGGCCAUUCCCACGUUCGACGAGCUUCCUGCUGCCACCUCUGCCUUCACUGGUCCACGACGACAGAACAGCGAUGGUGAGUCCGCUCGGGACCAUGACCUUUACAAGAAGGCCGCUCCAUACGAGGAUGGACUUUACCACUGCCCAUGGGAAGGACAACCAAGCUGCAACCACCGACCCGAGAAGCUCAAGUGCAACUAUGACAAAUUCGUGGACUCUCACUUGAAGCCCUACCGCUGCAAGGCUGAGUCGUGCGAGGGCGCCCGCUUCUCGUCGACAGCUUGCCUCCUCCGCCAUGAACGUGAGGCCCACGGACUCCAUGGUCAUGGCGACAAGCCUUUCCUUUGUGUUUAUGAGGGCUGUGAGCGCGCCGUUCCUGGAAAUGGAUUCCCUCGCCAGUGGAACUUGCGUGACCACAUGAAACGUGUUCACAACGACCACGGAAGCUCCAGCGGCUCACCUACAGCUGGAUCUGCUCAGCCUGCCAAGGGACGUAAGCGCAAGACUGAGACUACUGAGACUCAGAAUUCCCACAGCCGCAAGGCGACUGUCAAGUCAAUGCCUCCUCCCCCGGAGCCCAAGGAGAACAUGACCCAGCCCCUUAUUGAUCAGUGGAUGGAGCACCGCAAGGCUGUGGAGAGCCUCAUGCGAAACCUCGUCAAGCCUGAGGACACCCAGAACCUCCAGCACAUCGGAACUCUCCAGAACCGCCUGGGUUCCAUGAUGAAGCUCACCAACGACCUCAAUGCCAUCAACAACCCAGGCAACACCCUGGUUGGCACUGGCUGA